GAAAGUUACUUUUGGUAAAUAAUUCACGAGCGCAAACACAACUCCAGCAACUUUUCGAGGUGCCCUCCGAUCAACUUCAACCCACUCGAUACACCACAUCCACACCCAAAUCUUCGACAACAAAGUCAAUUCCACCACAAUGUCGACUGCUGAACUUGCCUCGUCGUACGCGGCGCUCAUCCUCGCCGAUGACGGUGUUGAGAUCACUGCCGACAAGCUACAAACCCUCCUUAAGGCUGCCAAGGUCGCUGAUGUUGAGCCCAUCUGGACGCAACUCUUCGCUAAGGCUCUUGAGGGCAAGGACGUAAAGGACCUUUUAUCGAACGUCGGCUCGGGCGGUGGUGCUGCCGCUGCUGGCCCGGCCGCGGCUGGUGGUGCUGCGGGUGGCGCUGCUGAGGAGACCAAGGAAGAAGAGAAGGAAGAGGAGAAGGAAGAGUCAGACGACGACAUGGGAUUCGGUCUUUUCGACUAAAAUCGUUGCGCGACGACUACCACUCACCUUCCCUUUGUACUUUCACUGCAUGGUUCUGGGGUUCCAUAC